UACAGGAUCGCAGUAUUAACCGGACAGAAUCAUUCAAGAUGAAGACCGUACUGAUUGCCUGUUUGAUCGCCUACGUUGCCGCGGAGACUAAAUAUGACUCGUCUCACGAUAAUAUAGAUCUGUCCGAGGUGUUGGGAAACGAGCGGCUGUUGGUGGCAUAUACUAAUUGUUUGGUGGACAAGGGCCCGUGCACUCCGGAGGUUAAGCAGCUGAAAGAUACACUUCCCGACGCCCUGGAAACCCGAUGCGCUAAGUGCACAGACAAGCAGAAGAGCGCCGGCAAGCAGCUGGUCAAGGAGCUCAAGGAAAAACACCCCGACCUUUGGAAACAGCUGGUCUCCAAAUACGACCCUAACGGGAAAUACCACAAGUCUUUCGAAGACUUCCUGAAGAACUAAGUUUGUCGAUUGCACGAUUUAGACAAUCAAUUUUAUUGCGCAAUAUUUACCUCUUUCAACUCAGGUGACAAAUUGAGUUAGACCAAGCUAAGUUGUUAUUUUAAACAUCAUAAUUUCAUAGAAGUAUGAUGAUGACGUUUAAAAUAACAGUUGCACAGUCUGUGCUAUCAAAACCGCUGCCAGUACAUUGGUCUAACUCUAGCUAAUAUUGUGCGAUAUAUUGGCUAUCCAUCUGUGGACGAUUCGGGUCUUGUGUAUAAUUAUUUGGGAGUCGAUGUUUUUGAAGAUUUCUGUUAUCUAUUUUUCCUUCACUGAUGCUUUAUUGUAUAAUAAAAAGUAUUAAGAAUAA